AGAGAGAGAGAGAGAGACAGAGAGAGAGAGAGAGAGAGAGAGAGAGACAGAGAGACAGAGAGAGAGAGAGACAGAGACAGAGAGAGAGAGCAGCUCGACCUGCUCGGCUCACACAUCUGGAAACAACCUGCACUCUCACAUCAGGAGCGACGGACAACAACUUUCCUUCUUCAUGUGUUUUCUCCUGAGGAGAGAGAGUCGACCGUCUGCUGAAGAACCAACACAGAGAAGAAAAGGUCUGAUUGAACGAGCCGCAGGAUGAAAAGCUCCGAGCUCACACUCAGCUUCCUGUGUGAAGUCGAGCGGACAGGAUGCUGACUGCUCUGAAAAUCUGAUCCGCCACUCGGGGCGGGCUGUGGGCGGCGUGCAGCCGGGGGCCGUGAUUCACAAAAGCCUACUUGGCGUGAAAAGAAAAAAAGAGAUGCUACAACUGAGACGAGUGAAGAUGGAGUGAAAGUUGUUUUAAAAAGAGGAGUCAGUCUCUGCAGGAGGAGACGACCUGGAGCCGAAGUCAUGGACUGGUUCAGGAGAUGAUGGAGGGUCAGAUCUGCAGCAAUGGGAUAAACCACAGGACGCUCUGCUGAACUUCUCUCUGAUAAAACCUUGUCUUCUUCUCAUGGAUCAGUUUGAAGCUCCUGCACUUUGACUCUUUCUUUCUUUCAUCCCUCUCUUCCUCCACACUUCUCUUCUUCCUCCUGGUUUUUCACCUGCUCUCUCUCUCCUGACGGCUUCAUUCUACAUGAACCAGGUUUGACAAAGUAAAAAAUCCCAGUGUUUGUGUCCUGGUUUCAGAGACUGAGGUUUUAAACAGUGACGGCAGAGACUGGAUUUUAUUCCACGUGUGACAAUGAGUUUUCAAUUUUCAGGUGUUGGUUUGUUUCUCUAUGUUCAGUGUAAAUCACAUCAAAAUGAGAUGAAUCCCUCAGGAUAACAGAUGUGAAAGAAGAUCACUCGUUUAUUGGCAUCGUUCUAACGUAGCAGAGAAAUAUUCUAAUCAGAGGACGCUGUAAACUGAUGCCUCCCGCCUGCUGCUGCCAUCAUGUGUGUUGAUGGGCGAGCAGGUUUCCUGCUGGGAGCGGUGACACCAGCGCUCCCAGCAGCGUCACCAUCAUGGUGGUUUGUUGUGCUGGUAGUUUGUCUGCAGCUCCUCCCACUGAGCCCCGUCCAGGCCACCGUCUGCUGGUCUCAGGUCUCCUCCCCGGUGAACACAUGCCUCUGUGCCUCAGACAUUGUCAGCUGCACCGCCCUGGGUCUGGAGCAGGUCCCCACAGAAAUCCCAGUGUCUGCCAUUACUCUGGAUCUCAGCCACAACCGGAUUGAUCAGUUAACAGAGGCUGUCUUUGAAGGACUUUUUCGACUGGAGAUGGUACGGUUGGCUCACAACCAGCUGAGCGAGAUUCAACCAGGGGCCUUUCAAAACACCUCUGGAGCACUGCUCCGACACCUGGACCUGUCGUCCAAUCAGCUUCGUGUUUUGAAGCAGCACUACUUCCUGGAGUUGUCGGGAUUGGAGGAGCUGCUGCUAUUUGACAACAGGAUCGUGCAGGUGGAGAGCAGAGCUCUGGCUGGGCUGGGAAACCUGCGCAAGGCCUACCUCAGUCACAACCGUCUCACUCACUUCCCCUUCUUCACUAUCCAAGAGCACAGCCAGCCUCACCUUACCAUGCUGGACUUGUCCUCAAACCGCCUGCUCAAACUGCCCCUGGAUGAAAUAGGCAACUUACCCAUUCCUGUCCAGAAAGGACUGUACCUCCACAACAACUCUCUGGAGUGUGAGUGUUCGAUGUAUGGACUGUUCAGGCGCUGGGAGCAGAGAGGAUACGCCUCUGUGACACACUUCAGACAAGAGCACACCUGUCGGGUCUAUGGAAUCCAAAAAGGUACCGUCCGCUUCUUCAAGCAUGACAGAUACUUUGAAAAAUGCAACCUGAGUCAGCCGCUCAGAGAGCAGGAGAGCAUCAUCUCAGUGAAGGUGGGAAAGGCAGUGUUGCUGCACUGUGUGACCUCGCUCAGUGGGCACAGCGUCACCUUUCUCUGGGUGUCACCAAAUCAGGAGUACGUGGCUCCACCGGGGAACAACGGAUCGUUAAAGAUGUUCACCAAUGGAAGCUUGGAGAUCGUGACGGCGCGUGCAGAGGAUUCUGGUGUGUACUGGUGUAUGGCCCUGGACCAGCAGCAGCAGCGAAACGAAACCCGUGAGGUCAACGUGACGGUGGUGUUGAGCGGAUCUCACGAGUCCUUCAACACCGGGUUCACCACCCUGCUGGGCUGCGUGGUGAGCCUGGUGCUCGUUCUCAUGUACCUCUACCUGACGCCCUGCCGCUGCCCUGCAUGCACGAAAGUCCCGACCCCAGCUGGCCAGAGCACUGGGAACGAGGCUGGGGCAGGAAGUGGCCAAUCCUCCAUCCUCACCCCAACUCCGCCGACAACCACCGAGGGCCCGGGCCACAAGGUCAGUACCAACAAGCAUGUGGUCUUUCUGGAGCCUCUCAUAGAGCAGCAGAAUGGCAGACUAAGGGCGGGGCCAGGCUCUGGGGCGGGGCAAGGACACAUGGGUCCAGGUUUACUUCUAGGGCCAGAGCCGCAUCCAAAGCUCCACGGCCAAUCGCAGCAGAGGGCGCGGGAGACGGACUCCAUCAUGUCCGUGUUCUCAGAAACACCCAUCAUGUUGCCAUAGAAACGGGUCAAACAAUCACCACCUCUCCCUCACCAUCCUCUGCCUCACUCCCUCCCCCCACUGCACAACCACUCCACCUGAGCAGUAAAACAGAUGACUGCUGUCGCUGCAAGUGCAAUUUUAACACCUUGAACACUGUUGACCAAAUGUGCACGUUAUCGUUUGACCAGGUCUGUGACACCCGACGACCAACCAACCCACUGUGAUAGGACAGACUCUCAGAAAUGGGGGGGGGGGACUACCAGAAGUAAAUGAGACCAAAGAGAGUAAGAGGCUGUUUGAGUCGAGGCUGAGAAACGGAGAGCAGACGCUCGUCAUGGGUUAGGGGGGUGAGGAGCACCGUUAGCAUGGACUUCUACUGAAAAGCACAGGGCUGUCCCUUUACGCACGGCUUUACCUUUAACAAACAUUUGCUACAGAUGCCUUCUAGUCUCACACAGACAAGUAGAGAAAUCUUUUUCUCGAGCUUCUUAGCGUCUCCUGGUUUUUCUGCUUCAGUUGAUUACAGCUGAUGUGAGCGCCGCGCUGUCACAGUGUCAAACGUUUCAGAGUAGACGAGCUCCAGAACAAGAGCUUUUAGUCAUAAAAAUAGAAACAGUUUGAAAGGGUAUGUUUGAUUCCCCCCCGCAGCUUGAUUACUGUCAUCAGGAGAACAAACAGGAAGUAAAGGGAUAAAUAAAUAAAGCUGCGGAGCAUUAGUUGAAGUUAUUAAUGUAGGAGGAGAAGAGUCUGUGUUCAGUGAGUUCAUGUGAAGUUUAUCUGAUGACAGACAAUCAUGGCCAGCGUGAUCUUUUUGUUUUCACUGUCUUCACUGUGCUCACUGCAUCCUGUCGUCCUCUCACUUUAUCUGUGUCUGAAUAAAACCUUGUAUCUGCAGAA